UCACAUUCCCCUAAAGUUAUCCUAUUCUCCGUCCUCAUCUCCAGCAUAGGACUAAGCAAGAAUUCUCCUAGCUCCACUCCCCCAUCUGCUCACGUUUUGUUUUUUUCUUCUCCGCCCCCCUUGCGGCAAACAGCCUGCUUCAGACCAAAUACAAAUUCGCUCAGUUAGCCAGUCGGAGAUCGAGUGUGCCUGGGCAAAAGAUUUUGGUCCCAACUCGACUCAGAGCAAAGCCCGCCCGCCCUGCUCCUUUGUAUGUAACCGGACAUCCUUCCAUAUCCCUCCAUUUCUCCAAGUGUAGGCCCGUUUGCCCUAUCCGGAUUCCAGAACCUGCGACAGACGCGAAAAAACUGGAUAGGGAAAAGCCAGGGCAGAUCACAAGACAGCAAACGAAGAGAGACACGUCGGUCCUCCUGUCAAUAUUGACAACGGAUCUAUCUAAGUCAUCUCCGGGAUUGUUCCUCAUUCAGCCCAUUGCCCAGGGGCAGUCGUCAUUACAAGGGUCCCAUUUCCUUAUAUCCAUAUAAACUCCCAGGCACUACCAGGCGAUCCUUUUGCGGUAUGCUAUGACUGCAACCACAUGAACAUAGGUUCCUGUUCUGCCAUUAUACAUCAUCAUCAUCAUCACCAUCGCCAUCGCCAUCAUCAUCAUCGUCAUUAGAUAACACCUCUUGGAGACCUACAACGACAACUGCUACUACAACUGAUUCUACCUACCACUACCUGCAACACCGGAAAGUUUACCCUACGCCUGUCCGAUACGUGCAGAUAUCUGCAUGAACCAACCUCGAAAUAUCGCUGAGAAACACCACCGCCGUGACGUCGACUACUGCCGUCCUUCUCCCCGCUGCCAGCGCGGCAACAGCAUUCCGUAACCUGUCUGCUGUGCAGGACACUGGGUCCUUCACUCUACGGGGAAUGGAAGAGAGCGAUAGAGACCGUCCACCGUCGACGCGCCACGGGGACGAACCAUCGUAUGGGGGGCAGCCUUUACUAAACCCUAUAAACUACCAAUCCGAAUACCAACAGGAGUCUCAGCAUCGUCAGCAGAACUACCCACCCUACACCUCAAACUUGGUAUAUAAUAUCCCUCAGCAGACACAUGGCUCAAGCUAUGCUCCGGUUCAGUCAUAUGCCCCACGGCAGACUGCUGCCAUUGAGGUGCUUUCGAGUCAGUUUGCCGGAUCUUCUCAGUACUAUGUUGCGGGGGACUCCCCGACAUCUGUGCCUGCGGGCGUCUCUCACCACCCAUCCUCAUCGCAGUUCUCCAGCCCAUCUUACGCCCAGUACAGCCCCACUGCCGCCCGCCUCCCGCACGCUUACGCCUCUGCCAUGCCGGAGCUAAACCAGCCCCCGGCCUCGGAGCCUGUCGAGGAUCCAGAAUUCACGCAACAGAAUCACACGGCAGCGGCGCUGGAUGACGCUUACAACCAAUACCAGAGUGCCCUGAAACGCACGUUUCAAAACAUGAGAGAUGGUCGGUUGGGGGAAGCGGGGACCUCCCUCCUUACGAUUUCAGAUUGGCUUCUAUCCAAUGCCGUGGAGUUGGGUAUGUGAACCUUCCCCCCCUCCCUUUCUAUCUUCUGAUAGCGCUCAUGCAUACCCAAUUACUCUGUCCAUCUGUGUUUUUUUUUCUUUUUUUCUUCAUCUGCGAUUAUUGUUCGAUAUGCAAAGAGAUCUCUUAGUAAUACAGGCUGAGAAACAGUGACAGGAUUAGUGCGCGACGAGCAGGAGCUAUACGGGGAUCGGACAAGGUUGUGGAACGAGUUUAAUACCUGCUGGCUGGUGGUACUACAAAAAGAGAAGGAGAUGCUACAAGAGUACAUUGCUACGGGUCAGGCGCCCCAGCCCCCACGAGAAAUUCUGCGGGAGGAAAUGUUAGAGAGGAUGGGACGGGAGUUGAUCGCAUUAUGCGAUUCUAUGGAAAGACAUGGUUUGGUAGAUUACCAGAUGGGUGUAUGGGAGGAGGAGAUUUUAGGUGGUGAGUUGAGGCCGAAUUACUUUUUCCCAAAUUGUUGCGAGCAAGAAGAAGAAAAAAAAAAAAAAACUAAACAUAUGAACCAUGGUAAAGCGAUCCAAGAGUGCCUGGAUCUGUUAGAGGGGAACGCGGAAUCCGGGGCGCCACCGGAAGGAUCUACCUCAGCUUCAGCUGCACCUCGAAAUCCCGACCGCUCGGCUGGGAGCCAACACAAUUCGUGA